AUGGAUAACUUCUUCGGCAAUCAGCUCUCCCAGGAGGAGCUGCAACGCCGCCAUGCACAGCAGCGUAACCAGCGACGGCAGGCUAACGGCUCCAUAAACCAGUCAGCCCGCCAGCCCCAAUACUGCCCUGUCACGGUCGCGAAUCCGGACUCUUCCCUAGUGGGCGCCGACUCCCUUGAUGAUAUCAUUCGAAACAAUUCCCAGGAGCUUCAUAGACGACGGAGCCUACCUCAGCAAUUUCCCGGUCAAAUGUCACAAACAGAACCUGAUCGGAGAAUGUCUAUGAUGGAAUUCGGUAAUAAUGAUAAUGAUUUUCGAGACUAUCAAUUUGGCGGUAUGCCGAACACUUCUACCGACGCCAUGAAUACUGGGUUUCCUUCUUUAAACACAAACAUAACCCUCCCAGGCACUUCGGCUACCUUCUCUUCGCCCACUAUGCUCGCUGAUGAUUUCUCGGCGCUCUCUCCAGACAUGGUAGGGAACAUGAUUGCCUUCUCGAACAUGAAUAUGGGCCAAAUAGGCACUGACCAUGCCAUGGGUUUGUUCACGCCAGCCGCAGCAAUGCCGGGCACCUAUUCAUCAAACCCUAUGGAUGGAUUGUCAACCGAUUUUAGCAUGGAUUUGUCCACUGAAAAUAACACUAUGGGCGGUGUUCCAAAUGAGCAUGGUACCGGCAUGUCUGUGGAUACGGGCGAGGACAGUAUAAUGAGCACUUCUCCGCAGUUCUCUACACAAAACCACCAUAAUCAACCGCAGACGAAUCUCAGUGUAGAUACUACCAUGAAUGGAUUCCAGCCCAGCAUCUCACCCCAAUCCUCCGCGCAGGUUCCUUCCCAGGCUCUCAUAUCGACUACGCCUUCCUACGAGUCCCCCAUGGAAACUACAACGGAAACGACCCCAGAAAGUACCGCUGCAUCCCAGCCUGUUGUCCCUACUGAUUCUGUCAUUAAUUCUCAACCCUCAAAGGAGAAAACUAUCUAUUCAAAAAGUGGGUUCGAUAUGCUAAAGGCUCUUUGGCUUGUGGCUACAAGGAAGAGUCCCCAAGUUAACCUUGGUGCUGUCGACAUGUCUUGUGCCUUCGUCGUUUGUGAUGUUACGAUGAAUGACUGUCCUAUUAUAUACGUUUCGGAUAACUUCCAGAAUCUGACCGGAUAUAGCCAACACGAAAUUGUUGGUCAGAAUUGUCGGUUUCUUCAGGCGCCUGAUGGUAAAGUAGAAGCGGGCACGAAGCGGGAGUUUGUCGACAACGGAGCUGUCUACAACUUGAAGCAGAAAAUUGCAGAAGGCAAAGAAGUUCAACAAAGCCUUAUCAACUACCGAAAGGGGGGGAAACCUUUCUUGAAUCUACUAACGAUGAUUCCUAUACCGUGGGAUACAUCAGAGGUUAGAUAUAUUAUUGGGUUUCAAAUCGACCUUGUGGAAUGUCCCGAUGCCAUUGCCUCUCAUCAGGGCCCAGGUACGAUGAAGGUCAAUUAUAAACAUAGUGACAUCGGUCAGUACAUCUGGACACCGCCGGCAUCGAGUCAGUGGGAACCAGAAAAUGGGCAAACAUUAGGCGUCGACGAUGUAUCAACAUUGUUGCAACAAUUCAACCCAAAAGGGUCAGUCUCCGACUGGCAUCGGCAAUCUUGGGAUAAAAUGCUCCUGGAAAAUGCUGAUGAUGUUGUCCACGUAUUAUCACUAAAAGGAUUGUUUCUAUACUUAUCGCCAUCCUGUAAACGCAUACUCGAAUACGACGCUGUAGAGCUAGUUGGGAAUUCCAUCUCGUCUAUAUCUCAUCCCUCUGACAUUGUACCCGUUACCCGCGAGCUCAAGGAUGCCACCGCGGGUGGUUCGGUAAAUAUAGUAUUCCGCAUUCGAAGGAAGCAAAGUGGAUAUACCUGGUUUGAAAGCCAUGGCUCGCUGUUUGUUGAACAAGGGAAAGGUCGAAAGUGUAUAAUUCUCGUUGGACGGAAGCGCCCCGUCUUCGCACUCAGCCGGCGUGAAUUGGAGUUGAAUGGUGGUAUAGGUGAUAGCGAGUUGUGGACAAAGCUUUCCACGUCUGGAAUGUUCCUAUUUGUGUCUGCUAACGUUCGAUCUCUUUUGGAUUUGCAGCCGGAAAAUCUUGUGGGGACAAGCAUCCAAGAGUUAAUGCGGAAAGAAUCACGGGCCGAGUUUGGUCGAUCUAUAGAGAAAGCAAGAAGAGGGCGUAUAGUCACUUGCAAGCAUGAGGUACAGAAUCGUCGUGGUCAGGUCCUACAGGCACAUACCAUCAUGUAUCCAGGCGAUGCCUCCGAGGGACAGAAGCCAACCUUCUUGCUGGCCCAGACGAAAUUAGUCAAAGCGUCCUCCCGAGCAAUCGGGCCAACUGCAUCCUCCUUAUCUAGCAGACAAGGGCUCACAAGUCAUUCGCCCAACGAUCCGAAGACGAUUUCCGGAUUCACCGUAUUACAAGACAAUCAAGUGUUAGAUGAGCAGCGUCCUGGAGUCGUAUCCGCUGCUGCAGGUGGUGGCAUGGCCCCCGGUAACCAGGACAGAGCUCUCGCCUCGGAUGAUAAUAUAUUCGACGAGCUCAAGACGACAAGGUGUACUAGCUGGCAGUAUGAGCUGAGACAAAUGGAGAAGGUAAACCGGGUAUUAGCCGAGGAACUACACGGUCUUUUGUCGAACAAGAAGAAACGCAAACGUAGAAAGGGGGUUGGAAAUUUUGUUCGAGAUUGUGCCAACUGCCACACCCGCAACACACCCGAGUGGAGAAGAGGUCCUAGUGGCCAAAGAGACCUGUGUAACAGCUGCGGCCUUAGGUGGGCAAAGCAGACGGGCAGGGUCUCUCCACGAAAUUCCUCUCGGGGUGGCAAUGGUGAUGCGGCAAGCAAGAAGUCCAACUCGCCUGUACAUUCAUCCCCAUUACAGCGAGAAGUCCCGACAGGUGAGAUCCAUGAGCAACCUUCCGAAACCGAUACCAACACCACGGUAAAUCAGUCAUCCGUCCCUAGUGUGACCCCUGGCCCCGGCAGCGCCAGCACGACACCGACCGGUUCCAAAGCGUUUUCAAUGCCCCCUCCGAGCCAACCACUCCUUGAGGGUGGCGUGAUUGGUAGUGAAAUGACCGCUAUUCAAGAAGAACGAGAAGUAAGCAUGUAG